AUGCCCAGGUGGGCAAAGCGACCCAUCUGUGCAACGAGUUGGGAAUGCUCUGCUGCAGCCGCGCGACCCCCGCUGCGACGAGUGACCUCGUUUCCGCGGUUGGAGCCGGAACAGAUACUUCUCGACGAGUGGCAGGCGCGGGCUGAACGCGGGCUCGAAGGUGUAGACGAUGAAGGUGCCGCGGCGCCACCGAGCACGGACACCCCUGGCGGUGAUGCCGGUGAUGAUGAUGCUCCCAGGACGCCCACCGGCAGGGCCCCACGCGAUGAUGACGAGUCGGGCGUCCAGGAAUCUGAUGAAGACUACGAUGACGAGGAUUCUGACGGUGAAGGGACCCAGGGACCGCCCAAGGGUGAUGACACUAGUGCAGUCGCCGACUUCUGCACUGCAUGUCACACGUUUUAUAACGACUAUAAGGAGCUUGCGGGUCCCGCGUCCCAGCCCGAUGGGCACGGGACGGGUGAGUACACCGUGAAUAUCAAGCCCGCUGAUGCUGCCGACAAGCGGACCGUGUUUGCGGGGACCAUUCAAGGCGUCAGCCGACGGCAAAAGAUCCCCAUGGCUGGGAAGAGGCUCACGUUCCUCAGCGACGUGUUCUUCCCCGAGCGGCACGCGAAGACGGGCGAGUGGCUCAUCUCUAGGCACGUCACGUUUGACGAGGGCCACGUCCUGCGCGAUUAUGGCUCGCAGCAACACGUCGCCGCCACCUUGGUCCCCAAGCAGACCAUAACCCUGCUAACGGGCACGCCGCUUUAUAACCACAUAGGCGACUUCCGCUCGUACAUGUUCCUUAUUGCCGUGCAGAGCAAGAUUGACCACUACUUGUUCCUCAUGACUACGGAUAUCCACUCACUCGACCGCGAAUUUCAGCCAUCCGAAGACCUUAUUCGCCUGCACCAACGGACUCGGGCCUCCCAACCAUGUCCUGACCCGACUACAAAGCUCAUCGCCUGCAGGAUAUUUGCGGGCUCCCUCAUGUCCCGGCGCGCCCUCUCAAUCCCCCUCGUCGACCACAAGGGCCGCACCGUCUACCCUACCAGUGGGCUCCUGCCGUGCCACGUGCACACUACAUAUUAUAUCCAGCACAACAGGGUGCGUAGCGAGCGCCUUGUCUUUAUUACCGAUCUCAUGAAUGCCGAGGUGAGGAGGGCCAACAUGGAGAGGGCCAGCGGCGGAAAGACCCCAACCAUUGCCAGGCCGGCCUUCGCAACCGACUGGCUGCUCUUCCGCCUCUACUUGGACCCCGAGGUGAACAACAGGCAUACGCUCCAGAGGCUCACCCUGCAGGAGAUAGCCGCCGUCAGGGGCGUCCUGAAGAACGCCAAAACCGGAACCGGCCUGCCAGAUAACCUAGCAAAGGAUAGCGCCAUCCACGCACGCCUAGCCUAG